GAUUAAAAACUCUUACAACUUUUUGUCUUAAAUCCGGCAAGAAGUAAAAGAGGCGUCAAUCUCUAUCUCUCUCUCUUCUCUUGGUCUUCCUCACUCUUAACGAAACAUGGACUCUCUAACACUCUUCUUCACCGGCGCUCUCGUCGCCGUCGGUAUCUACUGGUUCCUCUGCGUCCUCGGUCCAGCAGAGCGUAAAGGCAAACGAGCCGUAGAUCUCUCCGGCGGCUCAAUCUCCGCCGAGAAAGUCCAAGACAACUACAAACAGUACUGGUCUUUCUUCCGCCGUCCAAAAGAAAUCGAAACCGCCGAGAAAGUUCCAGACUUCGUCGACACAUUCUACAAUCUCGUCACCGACAUCUACGAGUGGGGAUGGGGACAAUCCUUCCACUUCUCACCAUCAAUCCCCGGAAAAUCUCACAAAGACGCCACGCGCCUCCACGAAGAGAUGGCCGUAGAUCUGAUCCAAGUCAAACCUGGUCAAAAGAUCCUAGACGUCGGAUGCGGCGUCGGCGGUCCGAUGCGAGCGAUUGCAUCUCACUCGCGAGCUAACGUAGUUGGGAUUACGAUAAACGAGUACCAGGUGAACAGAGCGCGUCUCCACAAUAAGAAAGCUGGACUCGACGCGCUUUGCGAGGUCGUGUGUGGUAACUUCCUCCAGAUGCCGUUCGAUGACAACAGUUUCGACGGUGCUUAUUCGAUCGAAGCCACGUGUCACGCACCGAAGUUAGAAGAAGUGUACGCAGAGAUCUACAGGGUGUUGAAACCCGGAUCUAUGUAUGUGUCGUACGAGUGGGUUACGACGGAGAAAUUUAAGGCGGGGGAUGAUGAACACGUGGAGGUAAUCCAAGGGAUCGAGAGAGGUGAUGCGUUACCUGGGCUUAGGGCUUACGUGGAUAUAGCGGAGACUGCUAAAAAGGUUGGGUUUGAGAUAGUGAAGGAGAAGGAUCUGGCGAGUCCACCGGCUAAGCCGUGGUGGACUAGGCUUAAGAUGGGUAGGCUUGCUUAUUGGAGGAAUCACAUUGUGGUUCAGAUUUUGUCUGCUGUUGGAGUUGCUCCUAAAGGAACUGUUGAUGUUCAUGAGAUGUUGUUUAAGACUGCUGAUUAUUUGACCAGAGGAGGUGAAACCGGAAUAUUCUCUCCGAUGCAUAUGAUUCUCUGCAGAAAACCGGAGUCUUCGUCGCCGCCGCCGGAGGAGAGUUCUUGAGAAAGGUAGGAAAACAUUUCCGGAUUAUGGAGAAUUGUCUCAAUUUGUUUUCAUUUUAUUUUUAAGUUAAACAACUUGGUUAUUGUACUCUUUUUGUGUUUAAUUUUAAUUUGGUUUGUGUUUUGAAGAAUUUUAGCUUUUUUUAUAAUAAGAAUCUUACUCUUGA